CACAGAAAUCGACUCUCCGUCACUGCUUUCGGAUAUCUUGCAUUUCAAAGUGAAGCUACUCGUUUCUCUGUAAAAUUUUAAUUUUUCGUGUGCAGAAAAUCUAAUACACUUCAGCACCAUGGCGCUCUCCGACGCAGAUGUUCAAAAACAGAUCAAGCAUAUGAUGGCAUUCAUAGAACAAGAGGCAAAUGAGAAAGCUGAAGAAAUUGAUGCAAAGGCAGAGGAGGAGUUCAACAUUGAAAAGGGUCGUUUAGUCCAACAGCAACGUCUGAAAAUCAUGGAGUACUUUGAGAAAAAAGAGAAGCAGGUUGAACUUCAAAAGAAGAUUCAAUCAUCAAACAUGCUGAACCAAGCCCGCUUGAAAGCUCUAAAGGUACGUGAAGACCAUAUCCGUGGUGUGUUGGAUGAAGCAAGGAGACGUUUGGGAGAGGUUACGCGCAACCAGCAACAGUAUACCAACAUUCUUAAACAGCUGAUUAUUCAGGGGCUCUACCAGCUUUUGGAGCCUACUGUAACUGUGCGAGCUCGUGAAGUUGACCAAAACCUGGUUAAAAGCAUUGUUGAUGACUGUGUGUCUGAAUACAAAUCUAACACAAACAAGGAAAUUCACAUAAAAUUGGAUUCUGAGUCAUUUUUGCCCGUUGAUUCUGUUGGUGGAAUUGAAUUGCUUGCCAACCGAGGUCGUAUUAAGAUCAGUAAUACUCUGGAGGCUCGUCUUGACUUGGUAGCACAACAACUUGUGCCUGAAGUUCGUGUUGCUCUUUUCGGGCGCAACCCCAACCGUAAAUUCCUUGACUAAAUACAUGUCUUUUAAGCACUCACACAUUGUCAAUGUAUGGCCAUGGCUGUUAUUUUUUGUUUGGCGCGUAGGAAGUCAGUAUUUCAAUUCAGAACAGCAUUUUUAGCGUUGAAACUUUUAUUCAUCUGUAAAUAAGAACUUCUCCCAAUUUUUCUUUGUUAUUUUUACUCAAUGUACUAUUGAAAAUGUUGACUUUGUACAGCUUUAUCUUUGUUGGUAAUUUAUCUGUAAGCUGAAGGUUUUCACCCUCAUCUUUCGAAAGAAUCAAGACAAUGUGUUGCAAGUAAAUGGAAAAUAUCACAUUUGUUUCUAUCUACAUUUUAUCUAUCAGUUUGUCAAAUGCCAUGUUGUGUGUUCAUUUAUUUGUUUUGAAUAAAUCUUCAGCAUGUCUUAAUGUUGGUAUACCUUGAUUGAUCGGUUCUUGAUUGAGUUAGAGUAAGUUGCUUAUUCAUGUUUGUGUAUAAACUACUUCAAAUUUAUUUGCCAUGUAAGUACUUUAUUAUUGCAACACUUCUAGAGAGGUGAUUUCAUUAGAACAUUCCUUCUAUUUAAAGUACAUGCUGCUUGGAAUAUUACGUAUGUAUAAUUUGAAAAAUGCUGUUUUAUGUCAAAGGUGAAGCAAUAAAAUGUAGUUUAAAAAGCCAGA